AUGCCUCCUUUCCUUACCACCACAAUUCCCUCCUAUUCGGGGCGCACCCGCUCAUUGCCAGUCGUUCCUACUGGUCGGAGAGGGUCAGCAAUUGCAAGCGCAAUAGGCCUGCGCAAGAAGAGCGAACUCGACAUCGUCCUAGACGGCGAACCGGACUAUAUCCACUCUUACUCCACUUUUGACCAGAUCAACGGCCACAUAGAUAUCAGAUUCGAAAAAGAUACUUUGUUUCACGACUUGAGCAUCACGUUCGAGGGCGUCAGCACCACCUAUGUCGAGAAAAUCGCCAGCACAGCACCUACCACCGGUCGCACUACAGGAAGGCACACUUUCUUGAAAGUGCAGCAGCCUAUCAACCCCGACUUACUCCCCCAAGAUGGCCUUUUUGAAGGCGGCGUCACUUACACCCUUCCCUUCAACUUUGUCGUCCCUGAGCGACUCCUGCCAUUCAUCUGCACCCACAAGGUGAACCACGAAGAAAUAAGGAAGGAGCACACACAACUGCCUCCUAGCCUGGGAGAUCCUAGCGUUUCAGGUGAGGGUCACGUCCUUAUGGAUGACCUUGCGCCGGACAUGUCGAAGAUAGUCUACUCUAUUCGAGCCAGAGCCACCAGGUGGAAUGCAGUGGGCCGACUACUCGAACUGGCCGACAAAUCCCAGCGUAUUAGAGUGGUUCCCGCGCGAGAAGAAGCACCGCCCUUGAACAUCGACGAAAUGGAUUCCGACCAUGCCAUGCGCAAGGAAAAGAACGUCAAAAAGGGCUUCUUCAAGAUUGGCAAGACUGGCCGACUCGUGGCCGAGACAACCCAGCCCAAGUCUCUUCACCUUCCACAUCCAAGCAAGCGAACAGGUGAGCCGGUUUCGACCAUGGCCACCAUCAAUCUGCGCUUUGACCCAGCUUCACCUGAGGACGUGCCCCCACUGCUUGAUUCAAUUGUCAGCAAAUUGAGAGUCUACACAUUUUUCGGUGCUGCUCCCUACAAAGCCAUCCCUGAGGUUCGCAGCUGUGAUAAUUGGUCAUCUUUGCACGGUGUCUACCCUGAAACCAUUUCCCUGUCUUCACGAUGUUUAUCCACUGUCUCCUGGGUGCGUCAUGACGGUUCAGAACGACAGAGUUCCUCCUCGUCUUCGGCUCUCUCACGGCGACCGUCUGCAUACUCCACCUCUUCCACUUCAUCGGUUCUGGAACCGUCUUGCUUGUAUCAGGCCGGGUCGCCCUUCUACACUGCGACUAUCCUCGUCCCUGUCGCGCUUCAGAAUGUAUCAGGUACCAGCCGGCCUAAAGUGCUGGUUCCAACAUUCCAUUCAUGCAUAGUUUCUCGAAUAUAUUCACUGGAAUUGAACCUAUCUUAUCGCACUCCCGGUGCUAGCAUUGCAGCGAGUCAUGUUGUCUUGAAGUCCCCAAUUCAAAUCUCGGCCGCCGGCGGUACACCACCAGCCCAUGAACCACAAUCGGACCAGGCUAUCCUUGCAGAGAUUGAAGAACAAUUCGGCAUUUAUGAAGCACAACAACUAGGAGAAAUGGACCUCCAGCAUGAACUAGGGUUAACUCUGGAAACUCCUGGUUACGAAGAAGCCGUUACAAGCAUGACGGCCCCAUUACUCGGCACACGGCAUAUGAGCCUGGCAAUGCCGGUCGGACCCUCGAGACGAACUCAAUCAGUAUCAACACCACCUCUUACCGCUACGGAGACUUCUCCUCCAGAAUAUCACGUUGGCUCGGGCUUCAACACUUCCAGUCCUAGGGACAGACCAGGGGGACCUAGAACCACAAGUGUGAGUCAUUUCGCCAAGUUGAAUGCCUGA